AUGUCCCUCUCACGCCAGUCCAACGCAGCUUCCAAUCCUGGCCUCGCAUCAGCUCUCAAGACCGCUCGCGCGGCUUACCUCGAGCGUAACCCAAAGUCACAUGCUGCAUACACCAAGGCCACAGAGUCUCUCCCUGGUGGGGGGACACGCACAACACUCGUUGUUGACCCAUUCCCAUUGAUGAUUGACAGUGGCCGUGGGUCAACCAUCACCGACUUGGAUGGCCACACAUACAAGGACUUCCUCUCGGAUUACACGAGUGGAAUCUACGGCAAGAGCAACCCCGUGUUGCUUGACGCGAUCCGCUCCGCGUUGGACCAAGGCCUGCAGUUUGGCGCACACACGGCACACGAGGGACGGUUCGCCGCCGGCCUCGUGUCUCGCUUCCCAUCGAUGGAGCUCGUGCGCUUUGCCAACUCGGGUACCGAGGCAAACAUGCUUGCGCUCACGGCGGCGUUGAAGCACACUGGCCGGAACAAGGUCGUCGUCUUUGACGGCGCGUACCACGGCUCGCUGUUGUGCCACUUCCAUUCUGGCGACAAGGGAACGCCAGAAGGUGUUGUGCGAGCUCCUUUCGACUUUGUGAUCGCGCCGUACAACGACAUCAGCGGCACCAAGGCUCUCCUCGACCCUAUCAAGGCAGACGUCGGCGCGAUCAUCGUCGAGCCCAUGCUCGGUGCCGGUGGGUGUAUUCCAGCCGAGCCCGAGUUUUUGCGCGAGUUGCGGGGCUACGCUACCGAGAUCGGAGCAGUCUUGAUCUUUGACGAAGUGCAGACCAGUCGGCUCUCUCCAGGUGGACGGCAGGCUCUUUUAGGGAUCACGCCAGACAUGACGACCAUUGGCAAGUUCUUUGGCGGUGGAUUUGCGUUUGGCGCGUUUGGCGGCAAGCGCGAGAUCAUGGAGAUGUUCGACAUCCGGAAGCCUGGUGCGAUCUCGCACGGAGGCACGUUCAACAACUCGCCUCUGACUAUGGUGGCUGGAGCCACGGCCCUGGAGCACCUCUUAACUCGAGAGGCACUUGAACGACUGAACAACCUCGGCGACUAUAUGCGUGAUACUUUGAACAGGGACCUCAAGGCAUCUGGUGUGCCGUUCCACGUCAAGGGUCUGGGUUCCAUCAACCAGCUUUACUGCACGCUUCCGGAGCAGGACCGUGACGCCGCCAUGGAGGUACUCUUCUUUAAGCUGCUCGAAAAGGGGUACUGGGUCGCACAGCGGGGUACACUUGCCCUCAACUUUGAGAACAACCCUGAGGAGGUGGAUGGGUUUGUCUCGGCUGUCGUUGAUGCUGCUGGCAUGGUGGCUGCUGUUGCUGCCUCGACGGCAUAG